AUGUUCAGACUAUGGCGAAUUUCUGCGACGUUUUUCACAACCGUCGCCGCCGCUGCGGUCGUCGACUACAGCCGCAACGACGGCAGCAACGGCGGCAAACUGGUGGUCCAGCUGGCCGGUCGGAUGGUCGGUUGGUCGGUCAGUCGAAUGGUCAGUUGGGUGGGCGGUCGGAUGGUCGGUCGGUUGCCCGACGACAUAUCUUCGAACAUCGCACAGACGCCGUCACAAAAAUCUACCCUUCGGCAGCUGUGCUGCCUGAUCACCUCGAACAGUCGGCCUAAAAAACUAGCUGCCCACGACUGGCUGAUCCUCCUACGGCUCUCCGUCGUCCUUGUUCCACCACCACCAUCGCUGCUGCCGCUGCUGCUGCUGCUGCUGCUGCCGCCGCUGCCGCUGCCUCUGCGGUCGUUACUCGCCGCCACCAACUCACUCCUCGUCGGCGGUCAUCAAUCGAUAUUUCCUCUCCUCGCUGCGCCGCCGCAUUUCGUCAAUACCAGUUUGAAGUCUCGGAUCGGAAGGUGCCGUCCAAGAGAAAUGAGUAACAAAAAUAGCCCUCGUCCCUCGUGCUGUCGAUCUCUGAGAUUCGACGAUAGUGCGGCACCUGACAGAGCGUCAAACGUCGGCGUCGGUCAGCGUUCGACCCUUGACGACGGACUUUCCAGGCCACUCCUAAACCUAGGAGAUCUGGAAAAGUGGUUCGCCAAAGAGCUGGCCGAAAAAUGUCUCUUCUACAACUUUGACUUUUACAACGACCGGCCAUUGAUCAUUCCCAUCGAGUACGUCAACUGGAUCUGGGAAGUACUGACCGAAGGACCGGAGUUUUACUUCACUUUCCAGUCAGAAAGCCACAGAUCGUGA